GGAAGAUGAGGCCGGAACUGAGCCGGGCAGGGCCCAGGAGUAGGAGAGUGGGACCCCUGCCCGCAGCCCACACACUGCCCACGGGCAUCCCUGCCACCCGGGGGGCCAGGCCUCCCCCCUCCCCUGGGAAGCGGGCUCUCUGGACCCCUGCGAGGCCCUUCCUGGCCCUGCUGCUUCUGGUUUCCAUCAAGCAAGUUACGGGAUCUCUCCUUGAGGAGACAACUCGGAAGUGGGCUCAGUACAAAGAGAAGUGUCUGAGAGACUUACUCAAGGAAACUUCUGGCACGGUUUGUAACGGGACCUUUGAUCAGUAUGUGUGCUGGCCUCAUUCCACUGCAGGAAAUGUCUCUGUUCCCUGCCCUUCAUACUUACCUUGGUGGCGCAAAGAGAACUCCGCAAGGGCCUACAGAUACUGCCUUUCUCAGGGCACUUGGCAGACGCUGGAGAACUCCACAGAUAUUUGGCAGGACAACUCCGAAUGCGCUGAGGACCACAGCUUCAAACAAAAAGUGGAACACCGCGCCUUGCUGUCGACCUUGCAGCUGUUGUACACUGUGGGGUACUCCCUCUCCAUCGUCUCCCUCUUCCUGGCUCUCACCCUCCUCUUGUUUCUUCGAAAACUCCACUGCACACGCAACUAUAUCCACAUGAACUUGUUUGCUUCUUUCAUCCUGAGAGCCCUGGCUGUGCUGGUGAAAGACGUCAUCUUCUACAACUCUUACUCUAAGAGGCCCGACAGUGAGAAAGAGUGGAUGUCCUACGUGUCAGAGGUGUCCACUUCCUGCCGCUCGGCCCAGGUUCUCCUGCACUACUUCGUGGGUGCCAAUUACUCAUGGCUGCUGGUUGAAGGCCUUUACCUCCACACGCUCCUGGAGCCCAUCGUGCUUUCAGAAAGGCGGCUGUGGCCCAGAUACCUGCUGGUGGGUUGGGCCUUCCCAGUGCUCUUCGUUGUACCCUGGAGCAUCGCCCGUGCUCAGCUGGAGAACACAGGGUGCUGGGGAACCAACAGGAAUAAGAAUAUCUGGUGGAUCAUCCGAGGACCCAUGCUGCUUUGUGUAACGGUCAAUUUCUUCAUCUUCCUGAAAAUUCUCAAGCUUCUCAUUUCUAAGCUCAAAGCUCAUCAAAUGUGCUUCAGAGAUUAUAAAUACAGAUUGGCCAAGUCCACACUGGUCCUCAUUCCUUUAUUGGGUGUUCAUGAGAUUCUCUUCUCUUUCAUCACUGACGAUCAAGUUGAAGGAUUUCCAAGAUAUAUACGACUCUUCAUUCAGUUGACUCUGAGCUCCUUCCACGGACUACUUGUGGCCUUGCAGUAUUGCUUUGCCAAUGGAGAGGUGAAGGCCGAGCUGCGGAAGCAGUGGGCCCGCUUUUUGCUAGCCCACCACUCGGGCUGCAGAGCCUGGGUCCUGGGGAAGAACAUCCGAUUCCUAGAGAAAUGUCCCAAGAAGCUCUCGGAGGGGACCGGCUCCGGCAAGCUGCAGAAGGCGCGGCCCUCGCCCCACGGUGGGCGUCUCCUGCACUUGACUGCGGAGGGCCUGGGGGCGGCGGGCGCCCUGCCCCGCCAAGGCCACGCAGCCUGGCCCCGGGGCAGCAGCGUGUCGGAGAGCAGCGAGGGGGACUUCACCCUGAUCCACACCAUGGAGGAGAUUCUCGAGGAGAGCGAGAUCUAG